AUGGCCGCGAGGGAGAAGGAGAUUCACUCUGACAUUGAAGAUGCCAUUGCCAAGUAUAAUGAGGCGAGCGCGCGCCUCGCCGAAGCCAAGAAGGCACAGGCACAGGCCAUGCAGGUGGUGCAGGAGAUCAACGCCAAUGUAGCCAAGGACAUCGCAGAGUUUCAGAACACUAUUCGAAGCAGCGCUGAGGCAUCAAUGGCCCAGAUGGAGAGGAGCGCGCAGGCGUCUUUGAAGGACAUGGAGAAGAGCGCCGCGGAGCGCUUGGAGUCUUACAUCAGUCAAGAAGCCGUCGAGCGUGGCUUGAUCGAGCUUCAGACCUUGAACCAGGCCCAGAAGAGCAAGUUCAUGGAUGCUGCCAUUGCAUCCUUGUGA